CCUAUGAGUCCGCACAGAAUGUAGAAGGAUUUUUAGUGGUGUUGAAUUUCGCUCGCUCCAGGCCCAUUACUCCCCGGGAGUGUACGAGCGUUGCAGAGAGCAUCUAUCUUCCUCCGUUUAUUUACUUCGACCUUCGCAUGCAAAUUUGUUUGAAUGCUAUAUCCGAGUGGCAGACGUUUCCGUGAUGCUCUCCACUGUGCUCUACAGAGGGCACUCUUAUGCUUUAUUGAAUAUUUAUCGAUCUUGGUAUCGUGGGUAUCCACAUACAGACAUCCUACUCUAAGGAAAUAUACUUAUGCGUCUCCAGAGAAAUCUCGAAGUCGACACGAUAACAUUCAGGCACUGAUAUGGAAUGCAUCAACCAGUACCCGCUCCGUAGUACAUCAACCCCUGAUAACAACGGUACUAGAAGCUAGGGCUUCGCACCGUACCGUCGACGGUAUACGGCCGUAUAGCCACGGUACAGUGACGGGCGACGGCUGGUCCGUAUACCGUACCGUCAAGACUCUUAGAACUAGGUUGACGGUACGGUACGGGUAUAUAGACGGCCGUGACGGUCGUCAAUACGGCCGUAAGGUAGUAGGGAAAUGUAUUACUCGUACAGAAAGUACACUUACAGUUUGACAGCACUAUCUAAGAGUUCAUUGACAGCUGUAUGAGCUAGAUGUAGGCAGUGCUUGACCAACAUCAAUACUACAGGCUUGAUGGAGACCCCGUAUUCAUCCAGCUUCUCAGCCUCAAGAGCGUCUUUCAUCCGGCCUGCCUUUCCGGUACGUUGUCCACGGCCAAGAGGUUCUGUUCAAGAUCAAUGACUAGUCAAAGCAUGAGAGACAUUGAAU